GAGCGUGAUUUGAGACGUGAAAUAAAGCGUUCAGGACAAGAUGAAAACUUUAUGACACAAACCGGCACCAUUCUUCAUUUUCCAGCUGCACACAGAAUUUAAGAAUGACAGAUCCAAACAAACCUCAACGCAAGCUCUCCAGAGCUGGUGACAGCUUAUAUAAGACAUUAGGCUUGCAGAAGGGAGCUUCUACUGAUGAAAUUAAAAAAGCAUACAGGAAACUUGCACUCCGGUAUCAUCCAGACAAGAACCCAGACAACCCAGAAGCUGCUGAGAAGUUCAAGGAGAUUAACAAUGCUAACACCAUUCUUAAUGACCUCUCAAAACGACAGAUCUAUGAUGAAUACGGCUCCAUGGGUCUCUACGCUGCUGAACAGUUUGGAGAAGACGGUGUUAAAUAUUACUUUCUCAUGUCAAAGUGCUGGUUUAAGGCAUUGUUUUUCUGUACUAUGUUAUUUACUUGCUGUUGCUGCUUCUGCUGUUGCUGCUUUUGCUGUGGAAAGUGUGGCUCAAAGGAGGAAGAGGAAGAAUAUUUAUAUGUGGAUCCAGAGCAACUGGAAGCUCAAAUGUUUGAGGAACAAAGCAGAGGCAGUCAGACAGUUAUAAUUGGGCAGCCAGUUUCAUAUGCAGGUCCUGGGGAUUCAGCACAGGGCACUGUGAUCAUAGGCAUGCCGAUCCCUAGUGCAGCCACAAAGAACUCAGCUGCAGGGGAAUUUCAGGUGGAGACAUUGUCAUAAACAUACAGCAUGGCAUGAUGUGGCAUUUACCUGUGAGCGCAUGGAACUAAUAAUCAAUAAAGGACAGUUACGUCUCUAUACCUGGCCCGGUUUGGGUAAAAAGAAUAUUAAAAAUUCAGCACAGCACUUGUGAAGAUUCUGGCCGAUCCUCUGUGUGUGUAUUGUGUCCGGUCAGUGUGGAGUAUAAGUGGUUCUUUUUAUAAUUUGAAAUGUACAGAGUAUUGGACAGUAGCUUAUCUUUUAUUGUGGUACCAGUUUUUUGUUUUUACAGAGAUACAGAGAUUAUUUAUGGUUGAAUAAAAUAAUUUUAAUUAAAUGCCAAACUAGGAUUUGCCUUCUGUUUAGCUUCUUCAUACAAAUAGAACUAUGCUACAGUAGUAUCCAUGCUGCACACAAGGGAAACAAAAACUUACAGUAUAACAUUCUGCAGUAGUACCAAAUAACAAUACUGGUGUCUUCAUGUGUUCUAAUUAAAUUAAUCACAAACAACAAAUAUAGAUUUUCUUGAAUUACACUGUACUUAAAUGAGUCAUUUUGUCUUUUUUUGUUAGCAUUUGAUAACAACAAAUGGUUAAUAUUGGAAAAUGGACUGUACAUUGAGCGCAUACUUUAAAUUAAAGCAUUUGAAAUAAGACUUAACUGUUUUUCUUGAUCUGUACGGGUGGGUAGAUAUUUGCUGAAUAUUUGCAUCAUGUUUUUUUUUGUUUGAAUAAAAUAUGUGAUAGUUAUAUAUUUUAUUGUUGUAUUUGGGAUCAAGUUAAGAUUUUCUGUCAUUGUAAGUGACCUCUGAUGUACUGACAUUGUGGAAUUAUUAUCAGGGAUCUCAUUUUUAAACAAUCAUUUUGUAAUGAAACAACUGUAUCUGUAAAGAAUGAUUUAAUGUAUUGAUUUUGGUUUCACAUGCAAUCAUGACAGUUUAAAACGUCUGAUGUUUGUGCAGUAUAUAACUGUAUUUGCAAUGGCAAGUGUACUUGUAAUAACUUACAUUUACGAAUUGCAUUUAAAAUGUGCAGUUUUGUACCUGGUCCACUUUGUGCCAACUGAUAUAAUUGAUAUAGAUUAUAUUUUUGAUUUCCAUGUUUUUAUUUGCCUUAAACACACACAGUGUAUUGGAAAUUGUUAAGAUGAAUAAAAAUGGUUUGCCUUAAUUAAAA